AUAAUAAAAUGGAAGGGGAUUUUAUAGAAAAUAUCAUCAAGGAAGAUAGUGCCUGAUUUAAUGAAGGCGAUAAAAGAUAUAAUCUCUCAAAUGUUCUGAAGGGAUUUUAUGUUGCUGUAGGAUCUUUGUCUAUACUCGCAGCAACAUUCUUGUUUGUGACUAUAUUUACAGUCAAAAAGCUGAAAGCACAUCCUUCCAUAAUGAUUGGUUAUAUUUCACUCUUCGAGGCAAUCAGUUGAUUCCAUUCAAUUAUCUGGGCAGUAUCAACGCUUGAAUUUGUUGAAUAUUUUGGAUUAGGACACUUGUUCGCUUGGACUGUUACUUUUGAUGGUGCUAGUGCUUAUCAUUCUUGAGUGACCUUAUGCAUACUCAACCAACUUACAGGCUUCUCGCUAUUUUCUGUAAUGUCGCUGGGUAUGAACAUGUGUUUAUGUAUCGAUCUUGUCUUGACACUCCGUGAGCCUUUCUAUCCAGCAAAGAGAAGAUUAAAGUUCUACCUAAUGUUCUCUUUCUUACUUUCAAUGAUUAUCCUUAUCGUCUCAAUUCCAAGAGUAACAGAGACUUGACCUUCAUCCUCCCAAGCUAAUGUUUCUCAAAGGCAGAAUUCUGCUAUGGCUGUUAUUCUGACUUUUUACAUUCUAAUAUCUUUGUUCUCAAUAGUGUAUGCUGCAAGAAUGUUGUCAAGGCCGGGAAUAUCUUCAGAAAUCAGAGAAAUAUUCAUGAAAAAGCAUGUUCUCUAUUCCAUAUCCUUCAUCAUCAUUUGGACAUUGAAUCUUUUGAAUACUUAUCAUGCACUAUAUAAAGACAUUGGGCAGGGAACAAAAGAGGCAGAUGAACUUAGAGCUCAAGGCUAUGAAUUGAGAUACAUCCGUCUUCCAAACGGACUCGAGGUGCAAGUCACUGUUAAAGAUGGAGAAGUUCAUGCAAAUUUCACAGUUUUCCAGAUCAUUAGUGUUUUCGCUAGUCUCUCUACAGGAUUGGUAAUGGGAAUCAUUAGGUGUUUCGAACCUUAUUUCGGAUUUCUUAUUGUCAAAACUUUCAAAUCAUUCUAUGGUAUCCCUUUGACUGAGGAAGAGAUCAACAAGAAGAAUAAUAAGCUUACUGAUACUAUCUCUGCUUUCUUGAACUCAAGUCUGAAUAUUGAGCUUGUCCAUAUCAUUUUGAAAGCUAUUACACAGGAGUGCACAAAGACAGAAUUACCUAAAGAUGGAUGGAAGUCAUACAUUGUUGCAGAUACAGAUUUUGAUGAGAAAAAGAAGUACGAACUUCAUGAGAUAGAGAUUAAUAAUCCUAAGAAAUGGGGUCUCUUUGAUGAGCCUAUUGAAGCCCUCAAGAACGUGAACUUUAAUGUUCUUGGGAGAGAGGAAGGCACGCCUGGAGAUAAGGAUAAAGACAUUUUAACAAUCAACGAAGAUAUCUAUAUUGAAGAGCUAGCUCCGACUAUAUUUGCGACAAUAAGAAACCAAGAAGGAAUUACUACUGAUAACAUUAUUGAAUCAUUAUCUCCUGAAUUUAAUAGAGAUAUGGUCUUCAAGGCAGGAGAAGGUCAGGGUAAAAGUGGAUCAUUCUUUUUCUUCUCCCAUGACAGAAGGUUCAUCAUCAAAACUAUGAAUAACGAGGAGUACAAAACUUUCAAAGGGAUUUUCAAGGAUUACUUCCAGUAUCUUCUCAAACACGAGGAUAGUCUUUUAGCCAGGAUUUUUGGAAUAUUCACAAUUAAGAAGGAAAAGCUGCAGCCUGUACAUUUGAUUUUGAUGGGAAAUACCUGUACGCUUCAAGGAAAGAAAUUGAAGUAUAUGUUCGAUCUCAAGGGAUCUUUCGUGAAUAGAGAGACAAAGGUUGGUAAAAUUCAUAAACCAUCUCAAACUUUGAAGGAUAUUAACCUUCUCAAUUUGAAGAUUCAGGAGAACUUCUUGAAGUUUAAUCAGUCAGAUGCUGAAGGAAUUAUAAACUGAAUCAAACGAGAUAUUCCAAUCCUUAAGAAGGGAAAUAUAAUGGAUUAUUCCUUACUUUUAGCAAUUGAAGAAAAUCCGAAUUAUAGAAGACAUGCUGCAUCAACAAUGAGAAAAUUAUCAAAGCACUCUUCUGAAGGAACUCCAAGGAAAAACUCUGGAAGUGUCAGAAAUAAUGGUGAAAAUGGAAAUGAAAUGGAUGAUGAUGAUAUUCUACCCCACCAAAGGUUUAAGGCUUCUCGUCAUAUGUUCUUGAGCAGUAACUUACAGUACAUUUAUCAUAUCUCCAUCAUUGAUUAUCUCCAGGACUACAACUUGGAUAAAAAGUUUGAGAAUUUUGCAAAGACUAUUCUUAGAGGAAGAAAGGCUGAAAUUUCAGCUGUGAACCCAGAAAGAUAUUCUAAGAGAUACAUUGAAUUCAUGGAGAAUGAGGUUAUCAUUGCUGAUAAGAAAUCAGGGUCGACUGGAUCUGGAGAUUUACCAGUGAUUCAAGAAUAAUUCAGCUUGAA